AUGAAGUUAGGGAUUCUUUUGCUUGCUCUGUUCCUUUGCCACUGGACCUAUUCCCAGUUUCUGGAGGAACCCUGUGGAACUACAGUAGGACCCAGAAUUAACAACGGCCAGGAUGCUAAAAUAAAUUCAUCCAUCUGGAUGGCAGCCAUUUUCAAUCUCACACAUUUUCAGUGUGGCGGCACGCUUAUUCAUUUCCGCUUUAUUUUAACAGCAGCUCAUUGCAUGGAUAGUGGAUACAAGCUAUACGUUAACUUGGGAGCUUACAAUAAGAGUAGCUAUACGUUCAGGCAAACGGUCAGUCAACAGAUUAAGCACCCGGAAUACAACUAUUGGUCUAAAAAGAAUGAUAUUGGCCUGCUUAAACUGUCCAACAGCACUUUGUUGACGCAUUUGCACUUCUCUGCAGAUCGUGUUCGACCUAUUUGCAUUUUUUUGGAUCCGAAUAUUAAGCGUCAAGUAGAGAACUUGCACACCUUUAAUGCCUUUGGCUGGGGUCUUAAAAACGGCACUGAGAGCGAUAUACUGCAGACCAUCAUUCUGAACCAGAAACAUCAUAACGAGUGCAACCACGUCUUAAAAAAUACACUCAAUUCGAAACAAAUUUGCGCAGGAAACCCAGUUGGUGACACCUGUCGUGGGGAUUCUGGAGGUCCAUUGACCAAUACUUUAUCGUAUAACCAAAACAUGAAACGUGAAACACAGUUCGGGAUCGUAAGCUAUGGAGCACCAUUAUGCGAUGGACUGGGAGUGUAUACUGAUGUGACGAGCUAUGUCGAUUGGAUCAGGGGAACCAUCUCGAGCUAUGGUUUUCAAAGUUCCCGGCCAGUAAUCCCAUUUAAACCGCCAGUGUCUCAGCCAGUUCAUCCGGUUGUUCAUCCGGUGGUUCAUCCGGUGGUUCAUCCGUUGGCUAAGCCGGUGGGCGAUCCAAUGAGACCAUGGGUUCGUCCUGUUCUUCAACCCGAUUUGGUUGCUCCGAUGGGUAAUCCCCAUUUUCCUGUGAUGUUUAGUGGCUGCAGUGAGAAUAGCAAGUCGGCGAUCAUACGGCCUACGAUUUAUGGACCUGGUUUCGAGGCUCUGGGCGUGUUGAUUACAGAUCGAUUUGUCGUAACAGUUGCCACAGACUUGCCAAAAAAUCCGGCCUCUUUGUAA